GUGGAUUCCACGAGCAGAAUGAUUCAUAAUGAACUCUUUUAUUGGCACCCAUUAGUCUUUCUCAUCAGAAUCAAGAAAUGCAACGUGAAAGAAUUUAACGGGAUGCUUGCAGUGGAGAAAUUUUGAACGUACUGGAUCUCUGAAGUACAAAGAAAAUGGAUUUUGUCACCUUUCUCCAGCGAUCACGGGAACUCUUUGUGACCCAGAGGAAGCUGAGCUGGAGAAAUAAGCUGGUCCUCUUUGCUCUCUGCAGCUCCAUCAGUUUAAUAGCAAACCUGUUCCUGCUUCUACCUGGGUAUUCCUUCCUGCUGGACUAUCCAAUGCUUUCUAUCGUCACAGUCAAUAUUUUAUGGAUUCUCCUGUCUGUAAAUCUGUACUUUUUCCAGUCUUUUCGCUGCUUUGUGGUGGUAUUCUUCCUUUCUUGUGGAUUGCACGAAGGCAGGAACACUCUCAUUGCUGCUGGAACUGCUAUGGUGGUUGCUGGCAACAUCCAAAAUAUUUUUUUCAACCUGAAGCAGUUGGCAGAAAGUGUGACUUGUACUCUCGAUUCCCAGAUUUGGACUUUCCUUGACCUCACUUUUCUGAAAGCCAUCCGGUGGAUUUACAGUCAAUUGAAGAUUUCCAAACAUCUGUUUCUGGUGCGUGACAGCUUAAACAUGUCUUUCUUGGUUUCAGAUGAAGACCUGAAGCUGCAGCUGGAAAAAACAAGACUGAACAUUCACAACAUCACCAGUCAGAUCUCCUCCAUAAUAGCUCUACAGUCCUUUUUGGCUAAGAAAGUGCUGCCUUUUGUGGGGACAAUUUUGGUUCUGCUUGGCACAUACCUCUUCAUCCGAAACUUCCGGAGCCCACAGACCAUCAAGUUUAAGAACACGUACAUUACCCGAGGGUUCAUCAAGUACAAUGAACAAGUAUGGCAGCAGGAAAAGCUCUCGGUGCUCCCCCUGAGUAAAGAAGAAAGAAAUGUGUACUCUCUGGUGCCGUCUUUUUGCCAAACACCUAAAGAAAGGAAAUGCACAGCACGCUUUUUUCUCCCUGUGCUUGCUAACCUUUGCAUUUGGGUCGUCUUUUCAGCAGUAGAUUAUUUGCUUUACUGGCUCAUUUUUUCCGUGAGCAAGCAUCUCCACGAUUUCCCUGAGCUAGAGGUCCACUUCAAAUUAUAUUACCACAAAAAUGCUGCUAAAUUCAUCUUGAACAAUGGGGAGAUUGUUGACAAGACCACUUACUUUAAGACGCCUCUUUUUGAAGAGAGCUGCAUUCCCAAACCCAAGAUUUCCCUCUCUACUACAUGGAUCCAGCUUGGAGUUAUUUUGUUCUUUCUAAUAGUGUUGGGGCUUCUGACUUCUACACUCACACAACUUAAAAUAUUAGUGGCAACUGCGUUCUUUCCAAGCACAGACAUGAAACGGAUAAAGUAUCUGCACACAAAAUUAUUAAACAGAAGAUCCAAGUUCUCCGAGAAAAACGUGAAAAGGAAACUUAAUUCGUUUGCAAAGUUACAUUUUUGGUUUCCCAUCCUCCAGGCACUGGGAAAUGCCAGGAAGAAAGAAACCAAUGUGGAAAAAGAAAUUCCUGUUUUAUAGCAUUAGUCACAGUUCCCAAGCUCAACAUUUUGCCUGGUGAAGAGCUCCUGGAAUGUCAAAUGUUUGUGUGUGUUUUGCAAAAUACUGAUUGCCUUAAUAUGAAAUUUGGAAACAUUAAAGAAAUAUUUAAAAAAUGUAAGGCUCUAUUAGUAAAAAUAAAUAAAAAAACAUUUACUGUAUUUUCCUUAUACUGGUUUAUGUUUCACUACAGAAUUAGCAAUAGCAAAAACACUUAGACUUAUAAACCACUUCAUAGUGCUUUUUACAGCCCUCUCUAAGUGGUUUACAGAGUCAGCAUAUUGCCCCCAACAAUCUGGCUCCUCAUUUUACCAACCUCGGAAGGAUGGAAGGCUGAGUCAAGCUUGAGCUGGUGAGACCUGAACUGCCAAACUGCUGGCAGCCGGUGAUAAGCAGAAGUAGCCUGCAGUAAUGGACUUUAACCACCGUGCCACCGCAGAAUUGUGCCAUUUAGCUUAAGGUGACUCAAUUGAGCAGACGAUUUUUGACACCCCAUCAAAACAUCACUUCCUUUCCAGAUAUAUAAUAAUUAUUUUUAUUAAGCAGAAGAGAAAAAGAGAAAGAACUGGAGAAAAUCAGAAAAUACAAUGACUUGCAAAUAGUAGUAGAAGGACUUUGAUGAAAGAAAGUACCAAUAGUAUUAGGUGUCUUGGGUACAAUGUCGAAACAGCAGCAUUGACAAAAUCACCACCGGUCAAUUGCAAAAAGCAACUUUAGUUGGAAGAGUUUGUAUCUUGAAACACUACCUUUAAUAUCCUCAAACAAUAACAUCUACCUAUCCUUGGGAAGGAGUCAAUAGGUGGAUAAAAAUGCAAAUACAAAUGUCUAAGGAUCUGGCUGACUGUGCAACCAGUUAUAAUUCUAUGCAAAUUCUCAGUCAUCCAGGUCAUGGCUGUCCCAAAGGUGCUUUUUCAGGAGGCAACUGCACUUCCUUGUUUUUUUCUUGGAAGACGUUUCGCUUCUCAUCCAAGAAUCUUCUUCAGUUCCGACUCCUCAAAAAACACCUUUGAGACAACCAUGACCUGGAUGACUGAGAAUCUCCACAGACCUUUAGCUAUGCACCUUGGGAUGAACCCCCUUUGAAUGGUGUGGGAGUAUGAACAGAUUUCCAGAAAAAUUGCAGACUACAGGAACCAUUUGUCCUUCAGUUUGAGAUGCAGACAACAAAGACUCAUCCCCAAGAAGCCUGCGCCUGUCUUCAACAGUGAAGGGACACAGGGCAGAAAUCAUCCUGCGGCCAAGAAAGCUCCACACCCAUUUGCACUACUCGGGCGACCCUGUGGACACAGAUGAAUCUCCAAGUGACCUCAAUGACUCUCUAAAAGGAUGCAAAUGACCAGCUGUCUGCAAGGAGUAUAAAUCCUUCCAUUCUCCAUGAUCCAGUCAGAGCUGAAGAAGCUUCUUGGAUGAGAAGUGGAACAUCUUCAAAGAAAAAAACGAAAACAAGAAAGUCCAGUUGCCUCCUGAAAAAGCACCUUUGGGAUGACCAGCUGUAAUGUAUUAAAUGUAUAUGCUGCCCAAUUUCUUUCAAUAUUGUUUUCAAUUUGCUUCCUUACACCUUCUAAAAGAUUUGCCCAAUCUCUUCUCCUUCACUUUUGCCCUGCAGUGUUGUUUUUUAAAUAUAUUUUUUUAUUUAUAUCAUAUUAAAAAAGAAAUUGGACAUGGUAUGACAUGGAUUUGAGAAAUGGAAGUUGGAACAGGAAAUAACUAAGAUAUGUAGACCAA